AUGCUUCGGUGUCAGUCCAAUGAAAAGAAGACCUUUUCGGCGACACUCGCUGUUUCUUCUCGGGCAAUGGAGGCCGCUCUUUCUCAGAGGCGGCUGGAGAUGGACCACGAGUGGGACAGCAUUGAUGAGGGAUGGCAGACGCUCCGGGAGCGUAUGACAGAAGUCGGCAUCACCAAGCCUUUAGAGUCGAAAGAAGGAAUAGUGAAGUUGAACGUGGGCGGUUUGCUUCUCGCCUUUCGUCGGUCGGUUCUUGACAGUGAAGGAAAGCAGCAGCCUCCGACUUGGGCGCUGGGAAAUCUGUUCGAGGCUGAGUGGGACAAGCGUGUUCCCCGUGAUUCAGAUGGUCACAUCGUGCUUGACGAGUCGCCGACUUGCGUCAAGCAACUCGUUCACCGCCUACUUACCGCUUCCUCUUCCUCCAAAGCUACCGUAGGUCGUGCGGGUGAUUUCGCCCGCAACGAAGACCCUGCCCUUCUUCACUACACGGCGGGUGUCCUCGGUCUGUCUGGAUGUUUGGCUCCCGUCGGGAUGUCGAUACAGGGAGGGACCACUAUCUUUGAACCCCACGAGACCAGCAAGCUGACUGCUGUCGUUCAAGAUUGGUGUCCUGGGCAUCCUGGUGGGCUGGAACUGCUCUACCGUGCUUCCCGCGACGGCUGGAACGGUGCUACCUUCAAUGCACGGUGUAAAGGCGACAGUCCCUCAACAGUGACCUUGCUCCGGGUGAAGGGCUGCGAGACAGGUGGGACGGACAGCAUCAUUGGGGGGUUCUCCAGCGUUCCGUGGAGCCCUGCAAUUCAGAACUAUUCGUACGGGUACUACCUCCGCGGUUCUCCGGGAGCAUUCGUGUUCAUACUGAAGGAUGAAGGAAAAGGAUCGAGCACCUUUCCACCGAUGAAGUGGGGCGUCAAGAACGGGCUGGCCGCAAAAGCCGUCAAUCAAGGAUGUGGACCCUGCUUUGGGGAAUGUGACCUAAAGGUGAAUUGGAAUGGCAACAUGAGCACUGUCGGCACGGACAACUCCACGUACGAUGUACCGGCCGGGUCUCAUUUUCUUCAACUCAAUGGGCGUCACCUCCUGGAUAUCGAGGCAUUUCGUGUGUGCUCUAAGCCGACACAUACCCUCCCUUUGGCCAAGCAAGAACAUCGCGCGGGAGAAGGCACGAAUACACCGACGGCACCUGUGAGGACUAGUGACGAUGUCCCUACCUUUGGGCAGUUGAUUGCUGACUCGUUGAUGGAAGCGGAGAUGGUGCUGCAAGACGCCGGCAUUGAGCUUGCCCUUGCCAAGGCCAGGACGACCGCAUGCGCAACGGCCUUGGCGGCGGUAUACGGACCAGACGUGGCAAGCGGACAACAGGAGGACGUUGUGGAGCUGAGCGUACGUGGGACAGCAAUGACGACUCUACGCUCCACCCUGAGGGUUUGCCCCGACUCCGCUCUUGCCGCUCGGUUUGACGAGGGCAAAUGGCCGGCGGCGAAGAAGGAUCUCGACAGCGACGGGCGUCGUAUGAUCGACUGUAGGCCGGCUGUCUUCUCCAAGGUACUAGAUGUACUGCGCAUAGCAAAGCGCGCAGCGUGGGCUGGUGGCGAAAACCUUCAGGGAAUGAAAGAGACUCGCGUCACCAUCAAGCCCGGUGACCGUGUGGCGUUUGAAGAAUUUGUGGACAUGUACUUCAAGGGCUGCGAAAGCUUCAUCAUGGCGCACGUCUGUCUUCCUGGCGACGAGGCGGACACUUGCUGAGUGCCCGGCGUUGAUUCUUACGGAAGAGAUUGGGCUACGGGGGGGCAGCGUAGGCAUUUGCCGUUGCAGUCGGCGCGCUUACCAGGGUGGCGAGCAGCAGCAGGGAUCUUUGCUGGUGGGUUGGAGGAGCCGGAGCCCGCUCGGCAACGGAGUCAAGACCCCUGCUGAGACCGACAAUUUUCGGUUGGUACCGUUAGAGAAUACUCGGAGCAGCUUUGAGUUUUUUUUGUGUGUAGUCACAAAAUAUGUGAGGGAAUCCAAUGUUGCGUUGAACCGAUGUUAGUGAACGUGCAUGUCCCUGACGACCUCCCCUCAUUAGUCGCUACCGUGUUUGUAUCGUAUAAAUGUUUUCCCUUGCUGUUUGAAUUGUUCGCGUAGGACAUUCAUUCGCAACAGCGAAACUCAAAGGCUAGAUGUCACGACGUUUUAGGUAUUGAUCUGAUGUUCUGUUUGUUACGUGGGAGGUCGUUCCAACGCUCGCAAUCCAAAUUGCCGCCCCCCCUGGCACGCAGUAAGUUGAAUGGUUGUGUUUCUUCAUGCCUGUUGCUGUAUUUCAGCCAGCGUUGGUAUUAUAUGUAUGCUUGCUUGUCGUCCUCUGAAAAUGUUGAGAUGAUCAUCCGAACCGAUUGAUGUAGUUUGGUCCGCUUAGUUGUCGCUAUGUUGGGGAAUUGGAGUAGGCAAGACGCCAACGUUAGCACUGCAUUUGGUCGUCGUUUCUAGGGAAGUGGAGUAGUUGAGAUGAAAACGAGGAUGUUUUAUUUGGUAGUCGUAGAAUCAUUGCGAGGAGGGUUUUUGGCUCGGUGGCCGGGUUUUCCCUUGCAACGCAUUUUUUCUGUGUGAUUUUCGGUGAUACCCGAGCAUGUUGAGCAGCACACGAUGAUGUGGUUAAUUACUAAUGUAAGGAACCAGGGAGGGUGUUCGUGUGUGUGGACAUGUGGGGAGGGUCUGAGGACGGUUCUGUGUUCCGUAGAUGAAGGGACAUUAGAUGGUACCUAUUGUGGUAGACUUUCAAUGAGUGAGCGGUGCCCCCAUGAUGCGUCAGCCUGCGUGGGGCACGCUCUUCUCCCCUGUCUGUCGUGCGUUAGCCCUGCGGAUCUAAUACAAGCCAUCAACGAGACUUUCUAGUCACUGGACACAAGUACGGGCACACCCGGCAUAAGACUCCGGCUCUAAGAGUUAUCAACAUUCUAUUCUCAAGGGAGGUCCGCGCAACAUGUUGUCUCGUGCUUUGCCUCCAACUUUUUGGCCUUAUUGGCCCACCUUGCGACAUAGAGACCAUGUCUGAAGUGCUUCCUUGCUUGUUACAGGUAGGGUCACCAUCCUUCCGCCGCUUAUGCGCUUGCCGUUGCUGCUUGCGACCUCCCAUCAACUUUGUUUCACUUGCAUUUUUACAUCCAUCCCUGUAUUGGUGCGGAUUUUCGAAAGGCGAAAGGACCAUUCUUGCUUUCAUGAGCCUUCAACUUUCAACGCCCGUUCUUGCUGCAUUUACUUGUCGCAAGAUGCAGUCCGUGAAAGCUCAUUAUAAUCCCGUGCUCGCCUUCCCUUUCGUAGUGUUGCGAGAUUUGGCUCUUGAUAUGUAUGUGAGCNCUGUUCUGCUCGUUGAGCCUGGCGCCCUCCCGCUUGGCGGCAGCCCGGCGGUCGGCACCGCCUGUGCAGACAAUACCCUCUCCGGUCCCGUCGUCCUCUCGCUGAGCGCCCUCGGGGAGGAGAUUGUUGCACACUUGGUUCAGCUCGGGGUAUUUCUCGAUUGCGCAACCGAGAACAUACGUGUCCGUGCACCCUGUAAAACAAAAAAAAAAUGCAAGGCGCGGGCGGGAGUUUUUUUUGGACCAAUUGGUGUGGUCUUUGGUCGUGCUUCAAAAUACACCAUCAGGCCUCAAUGCCAACGUCAUUCCUGGAGCACGGUUUACAACACUGUCGAGAACUCCAAGUAUAACAUCAAAACUCCGACCGUAGCAGCACUUGCACGCUGUGAAGGAGGAUGGGCGGAAUUUAUGCCACGACCACAAAAUCGCCCAAGCUUCCUCGAGCAAACAGACGCUAUUUUGUACCCAGCCCCACUCCACCCAUCCCUUACCUUGACAAAAUGAAAGCCAUGGCUGGUUGUUGCCGGAUUCACUCUUCCAGUUGGCAUAAGGCUGGUUCCACUUCGCCUUUGCCGUAGCCCACAUCCUGGAAAGCUUCUCCGCGGAGAUGUUUGGUUGCUGGAUGAUGUUCGGGUCGACGUGAGACACUUGCUCGUCGUCCACGAUUUUUCUCACCUGCAAAACGUCCACAUCACCCAUAUAUGGGGCAUGCAUACAGCGAGAGAGCGAGGGAGCGGGCAGCGCAGAUCAUACACGUGAUCUNACAUACCGAACGGGGAAUGCACCUCUCGUGGGAAGCUUAGUACUGUCGGCCUGAUCCCGGCCUGUAUUUUAGCGUUGCUUCUGCAGUGUUAUUUUUUUCUGUCGUGUGAAGGUUUCGAAGCAACUACAGCAGUAUGAUCGGCGUCGGCGUCAGCAACAACACCAUAAGUUACCGGUGUACGUCAACAGCAGGUUGACCCGCUCUUGGGGGUGGAUACCUCAUGGGUUUUUACCUAAAACAAUGGCGAUCGUCCGUGGACGUCAUGAGGUGUUGAGUGCGAUGGCGAAAAUGACCACAAAAAAAAGGCAUGCGUGUCAACAUACAUAUCGACUGCUGUCUAUG